UACGAAGUGGUCUGGAAGUUAGCAAUCGAAAGUAAAAAUGAUUCCCAUCGAAACGAGAUUAGUUGUUCUGCUGCUCAUCGCUUGCGUUAGUGCGCUCGAUCAAGGCCAAGGAGUUCAGGAGAAUUCGACACAUGAAGCAAAAACCCACCACGGCCAUCCGCUGCUGUGCCACGUUUGCUGGAGUACGGUCAGUGCUGGCAACUGUCAGAAUGUGUCCAGAUCGGAACCAUGCACGCCCACCGGAAUGGAUACGGUUGUGGGUAAAUUGGCCCCUCAAAAUGUAUCCUCAUCUCUGGCGGAACUACCGGUGGGCGGUGGUGCUAGUGCUGGCUCAAAGAAGGACGGCGUCCGCUAUCGAUGUUUCACCCUUGCGUACGCACCACCGGGUAUAGAAGCAAACCAAUCCGCAAUCUACGCCAAGGGAUGUACAACGAACACCUUGGACCCGUGUGCCGGUUUGCAAAAGCCAAACGCUAGUUGCUCGUUCUGCACAGCCAACAACUGCAACGCUGCCGGGAGUGAUAAGAAAGUGAUCGCAGCGCGAAACAAGGCUACAGCAACGGUUAGCGGUAGUGGUAGUAGCAGUAGUUACUGGUUGUUGGCCAUGGCGCUGAUUGUAAUGAUCGUUGUUAGCCGCGAAUGCGGUGUCACUGUUGCACUCUUUGCAUAG